AAGCAGAAGAUUCAUCGUCGAUAUUACGCAUCAGGAAACUGUCACGUUAUCAAGAUUCCACCGUUUGGCAUGCGACAAAUCGAGGCUAGGCGGACAUGUGUCCUUCUGACGGCUCUGCUCGCCUCGUUUUUCGGGGGUGUUGACGCCAGGACGUUCACUUUGGGCUACAUCACCGGCUCGAAACGGAGACCCGAAGACAUGGAGUACCAGAGACCCGGCCUCCUAAUUUCCGGGGCGAUAAGCCUCGCGGUGGAUGAGGUUAACUCGGGCGAAUUGGCGAAACGAGGACACAAACUCGAUUUCAUUGUCGCCGAGACCUACGGCGAAGAGGAGACCAGCAUUCUCAUGACCGCCGAUCUAUGGACCAAAAAUAUCAGCGCCUACAUCGGACCCCAGGAAACUUGCAUUCACGAGGGACGGAUGGCCGCUGCUUUCAACCUGCCCAUGAUCUCCUAUUUUUGCACGCAUCGGGAAACUUCGGACAAAGCAGAGUUUCCAACUUUCGCAAGAACCCGACCACCGGACACCCAGAUAUCCAAAUCGGUCGUCUCGGUCCUGCUCGCCUUCAACUGGACCAAAGUGACUUUCAUGUACAUGAACUCCACCCUCUUCGAAUUCAACAAGAUGUCUACUGUAGCCGAGACGAUCCUGUCGUCCUUUGACACGGCUGGCAUAACCCUGAACUCGUUGAAAUGCUGGGGCGAGCCGUACCUCCACACCUACGUGGACAACCCUUUUCAUCAGCACGUUAAGGACACCUACCACGAGACACGGAUAUACGUGAUACUCGGCAAUUAUUACGACCAUAUUGGAUUACUGAUGGCUUUGGACGAGAGAAAAUUGCUGGAAAAUGGGGAUUAUUGGGUGGUCGGUGUCGACCUUGAAGCUUACGAUGAACAAUCCCCGGAGAAAUAUCUCAGAGGAUUGCUGGAGAACGAGACAAAUUUUGGGAUAAUACGAGCCUUCCAGAGCUACUUCAGCAUCGUCGCGUCACCUCCUGCGGUCAACUUUAAAAACUUGACGCGAAAGAUCGACGAGUACAGGCGAAAGCCGCCGUUCAACUUCACCAAUCCCUUGGAUGUGGUCAACGGAUUUUUUCCGAUCCGACCCGAGACGUCUUACCUCUACGACGCGGUUCACCUCUACGAGCGCACCCUGCUGCAGGCCCUCGACGAGGGCAGGGACCCAAGGGACGGCAGAGGGAUGGUGGCAGCCCUUCGGGGGGUCCACUAUCGCAGUGCCAUGGGGUACAUGGUUUACAUGGACGAGAACGGCGACGCUGAGGGCAAUUACUCCAUAAUUGCCGUUGGUAAUCAGCCAAAGGACGACGGGGAGGACAGAUUCGGCCUUUAUCCAAUCGGCUACUUCGUUGGGAAGGAGGAAAAGUCCGGUUUGCCAAGACUACGUUUAACCAAGAAGAUACCUUGGAUCGGAGGAAAGCCACCAAUUGCGGAACCCUACUGCGGCUACCACGGUGAAAAGUGCAAGUCGCACACUGGUGAAAUAGUAGGCGGCGUCGUGGGGGGAAUGCUCUUGAUACUAACUGGGAUGGCCCUGGUGCUCUACAGGAACUGGCGGUACGAGCAGGAACUUGACUCGCUUCUGUGGAAAGUCAACUACAAGGAAAUUCAGGUCAAGGAACAAGAGGACGAAGCAACCUCCGCUAAGAGCGAGACAGACGUCAACCCAAAAAAUGUCAAGGCGGUUCAGCCAGUCAUGAGAACGAGUCAAGUGUCUUUAAGCUCGAACCCAGACGCGGAUUUUCGCUACUCAACUAUCUUCACUCAAAUUGGAGUCUACAAGGGGCGAAUUUAUGCGGUGAAAAAGGUGCGAAAAAAAUCUAUCGAAAUCACCAGGGAGAUGAAGAAGGAGCUGAAAAUGAUGCGGGAUUUGCGGCACGACAAUUUAAACGCUUUCAUCGGAGCCUGCACUGAUCCCCCCAACAUUUGCAUAGUGGUGGAAUAUUGCACGAGAGGAAGCCUGAAGGACAUCCUAGACAACGAGGACGUCAAAUUGGAUAACAUGUUCAUAGCUUCGUUAGUCGGUGACAUUAUCAGGGGGAUGAUAUACCUUCACGAGUCGCCGGUCCGAUUUCACGGAGCACUGAGCACGUCGAACUGUCUUGUCGACUCCCGUUGGGUGGUAAAGCUUGCGGACUUUGGUCUCCGCGAAUUCAAGAGAAACGCCGAGUGCGAACCGACUGAUAUAAUUAAGAAAUACGAAGGGCUGCUGUAUCGGGCUCCAGAACUUCUCCGUUCACCCCAAAUAAGACAACCAUCGAUUCGGGACUACCAGAAGGGUGACGUGUAUUCCUUCGGGAUUGUUCUCUACGAGAUACAGGGACGCCACGGGCCUUUUGGUGUCACCGACUUGUCUGCUCCAGAGAUUCUGAAGAGAGUUAUCACACGCGAACCGGGGAAGCCACCGUACAGACCGCCGUUCGAUAAGCUGGAAAACAGUUUCGACUUCGUUCGAGAUUGCUUGGUCGAAUGUUGGGCAGAGAACCCGGACGAUCGACCAGACUUUAAAGUAGUCAGAAACAGACUACGUCCCCUGAAAAAAGGCAUGAAACCAAAUAUAUUCGACAACAUGAUGGCGAUGAUGGAGAAAUACGCUACGAAUUUAGAAGUACUCGUCGAUGAGAGGACCGAUCAGCUGAUCGAGGAAAAGAAAAAAACAGACGCGCUCCUGUACGAGAUGCUUCCACGAUACGUCGCCGAGCAGUUGAAACGGGGGCACAAAGUCGAGGCGGAGGGAUUCGACUGCGUGACAAUAUACUUCAGCGACAUAGUCGGGUUCACGUCGAUGUCAGCGGAAAGCACACCGUUGCAGGUGGUCGACUUCCUGAACGACCUGUACACGUGCUUCGACUCGACGAUAGAAAACUACGACGUGUACAAGGUGGAGACGAUCGGAGAUGCUUACAUGGUGGUCAGUGGACUUCCCAUCAGAAAUGGCAAUCAGCACGCGGGCGAAGUUGCCACGAUGUCUUUGUGCCUUCUCAACGCUGUCAAACAGUUCAGCAUACGUCACAGACCUCUCGACAAGCUACAACUUCGCAUCGGUAUUCAUUCGGGACCAGUCUGCGCAGGUGUCGUUGGUCUAAAGAUGCCGCGAUACUGCCUCUUCGGUGACACAGUAAACACAGCGAGUCGGAUGGAAUCAACGGGCCAACCGUUGAAGAUCCACUGCAGCUGGGAGACGAAACGUCUUCUGGACGAGCUUGGCGGCUUUUACCUGGUGGAACGGGGCGUUGUUUCGAUGAAGGGAAAAGGGGACCGUCUGACCUACUGGCUCAUCGGGGAGGACCCGUUCCUCCAACAGCAGAGGUCGAAGGAACGGUUAGCCCGUCGCACGCAGCAGCCGUCGUCCUGCGGAGGAGUCUCAGCCACCGGAGAGUCCUUGGCGCCCCGGAGCUCCUUGAAGAACAAAUCCCUUGUAAGAAAGACCUUCCUAAGGUGUUCGAGCGAGUCCCCGAAGCGACUGAGAUUCGCCAGCUCGGAUCAGCUCGACCAGCAGACUCAGCGAAGCGGAAAUCGGCUCGAAUCCAUAGCCGACAACAGUCCCUGCAAAAAACGUCCGUCCUGCGGCCUCGGAGGCUCCGGAUGCAUGGAGACGAUGCGCUCCGCAAGCUCGUCGUGUCCAUGCGUCGAAAAGCUCUGCGAAUCGGAUCCCUCCCCGUCGAUCCUCAACGCGGAACCGGAAGUCUUACGCGCUGAAAUGAACGGCGGGUUUCCGAUGGCCGGAAGCGUUCCGGUACUGCGGACCGACUGCGGCCGUAUCGGGCCCCGGAAUUUCCGGCUCAAGCCGAAUCUGGGCCUCCAGAUGGUCUGCAGGUCCGCGCCCAGCAGCCCCAGACACAGUUCUCUGGUCGUCGACGCUCUGCGUCGCGACACCCAGUCGACGGAGGAAAUCGACGGGUGGGAUUCCACCCCGCUCAUAUACUCGUCCAGCCAGUGUCCCGACUGACUGAGUGGCUGAGUGUCACCGCAUUUUCGGCCGCUUUGUGUUUUUUGAGCUUUAAUAAAGGCGCGGGUUUGUUUGCUUUAUCGCGGGGGCAGCUCGCGAUAUUGCUUCGCCUGGAAAAUAUCGUCCUAACCUCCCGCUUUUCCGCAGCUCGGUAUAAUGCCGGUGAAAGCUGCGGGGGCCGAGCAAGUCGGCGGUAUUGCUAUUCUAGCCAGUCACAGUAAAUCUUUACUUCAUCUUAAUCUCACCGAAUGAGGGUAGGUGACGUAAUGGCUCGUUAUGCGCCGUUUUUAUUCCCGUCAUAAAUAAGCCGGUAAAUUUAAAUGACAUAAUAAAGUGUCCUGUACCAAAGUCUGCUCCUCCAUUAUACCUACGACCGACGCGUUAAAAAUAUCCACCCAUCCUCGUACCCGGCUCGCUAAAUAACGCGGAUCACACUGAUUAGUCCGUUUAUAUUAAUCCUUCACCCUCUUCAUUCUUCUCCUGUCCCCCCCACUUCGCUAAUUAGUCGAGUCGAAACGCUUUCUCUCCUUCUCCUUCUCUCUCUAUCCCUCUUUCUCUCUCUAAUACUUAACUUCGCUCAACUCGACAAAAUUUCACCGCGCUCGUUUUAGUUUCGCGUCGUUACGAUUUUCUACAUUCUUACUCCUGUCGCCCUUAAUUCAUUCCGAUUUCGACUAAUUUUAGGCCGAAAUUAAUGGUCCUCUCAUUCCGGUUGAGCAUCUUUGAAGU